AUGGAUAUAUACUCAUUACUAAUAUUCGGUGCUAUAGGUUCGGAAGUCCUCUUGUCAGAACUUAAUCCUAUAUAUGAUCUCGCCUUUACUUUUAAAGAAAAGAAUACUUUACGUAUUUACUAUUAUGAAAAUUCUAAUGAAGCAGAAAAAGCUUUAAGUGUACUUGAAACUUGCCAAACGAUUGAAGAAAAAUAUGACUUUUUAAAAUAUAUUUCUUUAAAGAUUGAUGAACCUCAAGCCAAAUGUAUUAUAACUGUUGAGAACAUCGAAAAAGCUAUUAAACCAUAUAUUCGUGAUCUACCUCGUAAAUUAUCAGACAAUAUCUUAAAUGAUGUUUAUGACAUUUCAACUUAUUUAAA